CCUUCCUGUCUUAUUAUCACAAAACGGUGCCGUUUUUAACACCUCCCACGAAUUCAGAGUUUCCACUUUGCACCUUCUUUCUGAUUCCAUCUCUGCAACAACACCGUUGAGUUUUACACUGUCACAGUUGACCUAAACCCCAAAUCAAACCCAUCAAUCACAUCACAAAAACCCUAAUUUCCCCCAAAUUUCACCACAAAAAUCACACCCAUGUUCCCAAUAAUUCUCCACAAUUUUCAAUUUUCAAAAACCAUUGAAAAUUGAUCCCCAAAAAAAAUGCAGAAUUUUCCAGUUCGUUACCUUAUAGUCCUCCUAACCUUCAUCUGCACAUCAGUCUGUUACAUAGAACGCGUCGGUUUUUCCAUCGCAUACACCGUCGCCGCCGACGCUGCCGGAAUCAAUCAAUCAACAAAAGGUACAAUUCUCUCCACAUUCUACUACGGUUACGCUUGUUCCCAAGUUCCCGGCGGUUAUUUCGCCCAGAAAAUCGGUGGUCGUAAAAUUCUCCUCUUUUCAUUCCUCUUAUGGUCCCUCACAUGUGCACUUCUUCCAUUAGAUCCAAACAAAACCCUAAUUCUUGUCACUGCUCGUUUACUUGUUGGGGUUGCUCAAGGUUUCAUUUUUCCUUCAAUUCAUACUGUUUUAGCUCAAUGGGUCCCACCCCAUGAAAGAUCUAGGUCUGUUUCUUUGACUACUAGCGGUAUGUAUCUUGGUGCAGCUUUUGGAAUGUUGUUUCUACCUAGUUUGGUUAAGUUUAAAGGUCCUCAAUCUGUUUUUGUUGCUGAGAGUUUUUUAGGGUUUGUUUGGUGUUUUAUUUGGUUUAGGUAUAGUUCUGAUCCUAAGAGUUCGGCUUCGGGUGCCGGUGAAUCGUUAUUGCCAGUUAAUAAGAAGAUUGAUAGACGGGUUUCGGAUCUUAAGGUUGGGGUUGAGAAAAAUGGGGGUGAAGGGAAGAAAAGUGGGGUUGGAAUUCCUUGGGUGAAGAUUUUGACUAGUUUGCCUGUUUGGGCUAUUGUGGUUAAUAAUUUUACUUUUCAUUAUGCUUUGUAUGUGUUGAUGAAUUGGUUACCGACGUAUUUUGAAUUAGGGCUUAAGUUAAGUCUUCAUGAAAUGGGUUCGUCGAAGAUGUUGCCUUAUCUUAAUAUGUUUGUGUUUUCGAAUAUUGGUGGUGUUGUUGCGGAUUAUUUGAUUACGAGAAGGGUUAUGUCGGUGACUAGGACAAGGAAGUUUUUGAAUACGAUUGGGUUUUUAGUUGCUUCGUUUGCGUUGAUUGUGAUACCGAGUUUUAGAACUUCAGGUGGGGCUGUGUUUUGUUCUUCGGUGGCGCUAGGGUUUUUGGCGCUUGGUAGAGCUGGGUUUGCAGUGAAUCAUAUGGAUGUUGCUCCGAGGUAUGCUGGAAUUGUGAUGGGGGUUUCGAAUACCGCUGGUACUUUGGCUGGUAUUGUUGGUGUUGAUCUUACUGGGAAAUUACUUGAGGCUGCCAAGGCGUCUGAUUCGGAUCUUUCGACUCCGGAAAGUUGGAGGCUGGUGUUUUUCAUUCCGGGACUUUUAUGCGUUUUUAGUUCCCUGGUAUUCUUGUUGUUUUCUACUGGGGAGAGGAUUUUUGAUUGAGGUACCCUUGUAACAUUCUUUGAUUGUUGAAUCAUUGAUUUAAUCAGGUGCUCUUAUAUUGUGGAGAUUUUAAUUUUUAUUAUAUCUCCAUGUUAUGUUAUUCAUUCUUGGAUAGGAGAGGUGAUGUACAAAGCUACCCAGCGAGAUUGUAUCAUCAAUGGAUAUGAGUUUGUUAUUGUCAUUUGACACUUAUGAUUUUUCCAACAUGUACUAUUUCUAGUUAGUAAAGGUUACAAAUUUACAAUACUGCUGUAUCAACAAUGAUUCUGAGGUGUUAAUCUAUGCCUUGGAUGAAACUCAUAUUUUAGUAUAAGAUUAAAAGAUUGUGCACUUCACAUUUUGAUUCAUGUACUUUGUUAUUUGUGGAAUAAAUUUGAAAGGUGACGUUGCAACCAUUUACUUCA